AUGUCCAACUCCAGCACAAUGAUGGACUUUCUCCUCAUGGAGAUUUCUGGCAUGUGGGUUCUACAACUUUUCUAUGCCAUGUUUUUCUCUUUCAUUUAUCUGGUGACCAUAAUGGGAAACCUUGUCAUUCCUGCUGUCACUACUCUUGAUAAGAGCCAUCAUACACCCAUGUACUUCUUCCUGAGAAACCUGUCCAUCCUGGACUCCUGCUACAUUUCUGUCACAGUCCCUAACUCCUGCAUGAAUUCCCUGCUGGGCACAAGCUCCAUUUCAAAGGCAGGAUGUGUAGCUCAGGUUUUCCUUGUGAUAUUCUUUGCAUUUGUAGAGUUAUUAUUUCUCACAAUAAUGGCUCAUGACUGCUUUGCAGCCAUCUGCAGGCCCCUUCAUUACCCUGUGAUCAUGAACCCUCACCUGUGUGUCCACAGCACAUUGGCUGCUAUGCUCAGUGGCCUCGUCUAUGCAGCCCUACAGACCACCAACACUUUCUGUAUGCCCUUCUGCCACUCACAUACUAUUCAGCAGCUCUUCUGUGAUAUCCCCUCUCUGCUAAAGCUGUCUUGCUCUGACACCUUCAGCAACCAGAUUGCCAUUCUUGUCUCUGGUCUGGUGUUUGGUGGCAGCUGUUUCUUUUAUAUCAUCAAGUCUUAUAUUCACAUCUUUUCUACUGUGCUCAGGUCUCCAGAGGGAGCAGAUAGGAAAAAGGUCUUUUCCACCUGUGUCCCCCACAUUCUCAUGGUUUCUGUCUUCCUCAGCUCAUCCUUUUAUGUCUACCUGAGACCUUCUGCAAUGUCUUCUGGUGUCAUGGACAUGGUCCUGUCUGUGUUCUACUCCAUGAUUCCCCCCUCUUCAACCCUAUUAUCUACAGUCUCAGAAAUGAAAACAUAAUGUGUGCCAUCAGGACUCUCAUGACAAGAAUGUUCUAUUCAGGAGAUGUACUGGGAAUUAAGGAGGCUUUUCCUAUCCAGCUUAGUCGUACUCAUGCUUUUAGCAAUACAUGCAGAUAAAUGAUUAAAGUUAUUCCAUACCAUUUGUGUGAAUUUAAUUCUUAGGUUCUUUAAACAUAUAUAUCAAUGUCAGUCAUUUCUAAAGUGCUUGGGUAAGUUUUAUAUAGUCAAGCUAUAGGCAAAUGAGCUGGAUGAUGCAGAAGUUCAAAUUUUUUACAUCUCAAAUUUCCUCCCAAAGUGUCCUGUGUUCAAAAAUGCUGCUUUUAGAAAGUGAGAAUAUAAUGAAGAUACUAAACUAACAAGCAUUUUACAAUGCAUAGAAAAUGUAG